GGGGUUGCCGGGAGGCGGUGGCGGCGGCGGUUGAGUCAGGGUUUUGGGAAAGAUGGAGUCACUGAAAGACCGAACGGUAGAGGAGCUCCAGAAGAUACAGGAAGAUCCGGAGGAGAUCGAACGACUAGCCCUGGAGUCCCCUGAGGUCCAGGACUUGCAGCUGGAGCGGGAGAUGGCCCUGGCCACCAACCGGAGCCUGGCCGAGCAGAACCUCAAGUUCCAGUCGCCCCUGGAGCUCGGCCGCUCGGAUCUCUCGGACAAGUACCAAGAGCUCCAGAGGCUCGUGGAGCGGUGCCAGGAGCAGAAGGCAAAGCUGGAAAGAUUCUCAGCCUCACUCCAGCCAGGGACCCUGUUGGACCUUCUGCAGGUGGAGGGCUUGAAAAUAGAAGAGGAUUCCGAGGCUAUGGCGGAGAAGUUCCUGGAGGGUGAGGUGCCUUUGGACACUUUCCUCGAGAGCUUUUCCACCAUGAGAAGGCUGUCCCACCUCCGUCGGGUCCGAGUCGAGAAGCUCCAGGAGGUGAUGAGGAAGCCCAAGGCUUUGCCGGAAGUGGGCGGAGACGGCUCGCCCCGGCAACCUCCGUAUCCCACGGGCCAGACGGUGCCAGCCCGGGCCGCGGAAGACCCUCCGCCGCCUUCGGCUGUGACUCCUUUCCCUCUGCCCUACAGCCCUUCCCCCAGCGCUCCCGUGGGGCCCUCGGCCCAAGGAGCUCUCCAGCCAGGAUCUUUCCCCGGCAGCUCCCAGCCCUCCUAUCCUUAUAGCGGGCCUUCUGGCCCGGGGUAUCCUCCAGCCCAGCAGGGAGGGGCUGCUAUGAGCUACCCCUGGUCCCCUCAUAAAACCCCACCCUCCGGCCCGGGGUAUCCCCAACAGCCCCCUGCAGGCCCCCCGUCUGGCCCGGGGUACCCUUUACCCGGCGGGGGGCCCCCCAGGCCUGGCUAUCCCCCGUCCUCCCCUUAUUUCCCGGCUGGAGGCAGACCUCCCUGUCCUUAUCCGGUCCAGUCCCCGUUUCCUAGUUUUCCAGGACAGCCCCAGCCUUCCGGCCCCCCCCGUCCCCCUUAUCCUCAGGGCCCCACUCCUCCCUUUGGGUAUCCCCCGUCUCAGGGUCCCAUCUGGCCCGGAUAUUAGAGCCAGCCCCUGGCACGCCCGCCCUCCCCGAGGCCGUGGCCCAGUUCCUUGCCGAUUCCCGAGACGUCAGGACCGGGACGUUA